AUGAAGCAUUACAAGCCAACAUUCCGGUGCGAGAUUGAGGGUGUCGCAGAGACGCAAAACCUGCCCAUCGAACAAGAUGCGAAGGAGGCGAAAGACGGCAUCACGACAACAGCCGACGAGGUCACUGGAUACAAAGUCAAGGCAAGUCCUCGGCUGCUGGAUCGGUGGCUGGACAAAGUUGUCCGCAUUUCUGGGUCUGCACCAGUCUUCUGCUUUAUCGUUGGCGCCCUUCUCGUUUGGGCUUUCCUGGGUAUUCGUUUUGGAAAAUCAGCUAAAUGGACUGCCGUCAUUUCAGAUGUGCAGGCGAUCCUGUGCUACGUGUUCGACUCUUUCCUCAUGCGCCAACUGCUCCGCGAAUACUCCGAGCAGCAGGAGGCCAUGGCCCAGAUGAAGUCGAGACGGAACAGCCAUGAGCGAAUGCUGACGAAGCUCAAGAACAAGCUGGGGCCGGAGGGAGUCUGUCAUGUAUCACAAAUCAGCAGCAAUCGCACCUUGGAUGCGCUGGAUCAAGGGACGCGGACACAAGGCUGGUUUGCGCGGAUGAUCAUCUUCUCCGCGUGGGCGUUCGGACAUAUCAUCACCGUGGGCAUGUAUUGGGUCUGCAUCUUCAUCUGGCUGGGCUUCGGACACUACUGUGGCUGGACGGACCAGUGGCAGCUGUACAUCAAUUCAGCAACAUCAGCCCUGAUGGUCCUGGUCUUCGCUUUUCUGGAUUGCCUACGCGAGUGCUAUGCCGACUAUGUCAACAAUUGCCUGGACGCCAUCUUCCGCCUCGAUGCCACGCUCGAGAAGGAGCUCCGCUGCAUCACCGACGACAAUCUGCCGAACGAACCCGAGGUAAUCCAGCCGCCGCGUGAGAACCCACUGCAAGUAGCCGUAUUCUACUACGCCGACAUCAUCGGGACCCUGGUCGGGAUUAUCAUCCUGGUGGCCGUCAUCGUCGCAUGGGCCGCCGUCGGACCGGUCUUCCACUUCAACGACAACUGGUGGCUCCUGAUCGGUACAUAUGCGGGACUGGUCGGGCUAUUUGACAGUUUCAUUCUGCGGAAUGUCCAAGGCAAGGUGAAGGAGUACACGGUCGGACAAGUCCAGAGCCUGGAGAAAAGAGACAUGACGCUCUUCGCCAAGACACAGAUGGCCAUUCCGCCCAAAGACGAUCUUGAUACAUCGUCUGUCACCCACCGGAUCUCGAUCGCGAUGGGGAAUGUCUGCUCGCAUCUGCUGAUGGUGGUUGCCGGCUUCUUGCUGACUAUUGGGUGUGUGAUCGGCUCGAGUGCGAUGCGGUGGAGUACGACGGGGCAGUUGAUUUCGAAUAUCCCGCCCAGUAUCAUCGAGACCUUCUUCAUGCUUAUCUUAAUCACUGGCCAGAAUGAUGCAGAUGCCGGCGCGAGGGUGGAUAUGACGAAUAUCUAUCACCGUCGACAGAGACUCUUGUGGUUUGUGAAGGAUGCUCGGGAAUACUUGGGGACUCGAGAGUCGGCAGAUCUCGCUAGGAAGGGAGAAAAUUAG